AUGAAGCUUCUCUCCGUCUUGGGGCUGCUAUGCAGCACUGCCUCGGUAGUCUCUGGGUCUCAACUUACACCUCGAGCACCCAAGUGUCCCAAGCCUGAGGGUACUACGGAUGCUCAGAUAAUUGCAGCGUACAAGUCCUCUGGACAAUGCUUCAGCUACACUGGCGCUGGCAAUCGCGAGAAGAGUAUUGCUCCCUGUGCCGGCGCUGAUGGCUAUUGCCAGAAGGUCAAAGGGGUAGAGAACGCCGCAGCAGGUUGUGAGCUCUUCGUUCCUGAGGGCGUCAAACUUGAUAAGAGUCUCGCCAACAAAGACGAAGAUUGCAACGAAUGGUACGCCGGGCAAUGCACAUGUGAGUGUGAGUUCUGUGAAGAGAUCGCAGACAUUGUCAUCGAGGGCCUCGAACAGCUUGACAGUGUUAUUUGCGCUGUGAUGCUUUCUUCCUUAACCUCCAUCGCCGACGCCGGUCUCACGUUCAUCCCCGGCGGGCAAGCACCCAAGGCUAUCAAAGCUAUAGUCCAGGGCGCCAAGUCUUUCUACGAGAAUGGGGCAGAAGCGGCGUCAUUCUUUGGGAGCUGGAUCGGCCCUGCAUGCGGGAUACCGGAUUUCAACUUCGAUAUCACUAUGGUGUUUGGGUCUCUCCUCGGCGCCCCUGACUCCAUGUCGCGUGGAAAACCUGUCGGCUGCAAGAAGAAGAACAAGAACGGAUGCCGCGAUGUUAAGCCAGUCCCCGAUCCCACGACGAAGCCAGACCAGCCCACGGUCAAGCCUACCGACAAGCCGCAGCCUACAACGACACCAAAGCCCGCGACGACACCGAAGCCAGAGACAACAUCAGCGCAUACAACAUCCUCGCCUGCCUCAUCCACGACUGAAGCCGGCGCCGGAUGUGCCUACUGCGGCGAGUUCGGAAAGACAAAGGCAGCUCGUGAUGCGAAGUAUCAACUCAUGUACGCCCGUGCGGGCAACUCUGCCGAUGCCCCGGCCUGCGUCUUACCUCCUGCGGACGGAUCGAUGAGCAAGAGGAGCCUUUUCGGUUUUCUCCCAGACCAACUGUCGUCGCGAUCAUUGCUUUUGCAGGGACGUGGCCUUGCCGAGAAGGACACCAAGUUCGAUGGGUUUUUGCUCGGCGGUACGUACGAGGUAACGCUAUCCAUGGGAAAGUACAUGCAGGGAGCCGAUGCCGAAAAGAUUCCGGAAAUCAGCAAGUUUUGGGCGUACAAAGAUCCACAGAAUACGAAUCAGUGCAGCGUGGAGGUGGUGAAAGAUGCCAACAAGGCAAAUGGAAAGAAAUACGACACCGAACACGUCUUUGAAGCCCAAACUGUCAUGCGGUUUCUGUCUUGGCUGAGCAGUGAUUCUGGCGGAAAGCUUGGGACUACAUACAAGAUGCCAUCAGCUGCAUGGGUCGUUGACACGUUUUUGUCAUCCGAAGACAGUAAGACCGAAUUCCUUAUCGUUUCGCCUGGCAAGACCAAUGCUGGCGAUCUCUUCACCCCAUCUUCCGGCGAACGAGGGGGUGCCCUGAUUGCCUACGGAUUCGGAAGAUCCGACGGGGUCAAGUCAAUUUCGGGAGGCCAGAACGUUGAGCGUAUUCCAGCCACUCGAGGCAACAACAACCUCGCCUUACUCGAAAAAGAGAUCAAUAUGGCCAAGGGGAAGUGGUUUGGCAUGAACAGGGUAGCCAGUGACUACUCCAAGAUGAACACACAGUCUAUAUUUCGAACAGAAAUGCGAAGGGGUGUGGCCCCGUUUCAAUUUUUGGGCGCCAGCGACGGCCAGACGGACACCAUCUGGAAGAAAUGGGCCCGCGUUGCGAACUGGAUAGACCUUGUCAUGUACACGUUUGAUCAACAGUAUAAAUGGGGUGCGCGCGCUGGCGAGCCCAAAAACUCGAAGGGGGAUCCCUCGAUGCGGUCUCUUUGGGCGUACUGGAUCGACAAGGAGCUUGGCGACAUUGAGGCCCUCGCCGCCGCCUGGGCGACACAGUCCGCAACUGUCUUCGACCAAAAGUUCCCGAAGAACAAGCGGUCCGCGGCCGAGGAGAAGUGGAGGAAUGAUGCUUUCGGCACCAAUGGCUUUGCCACUGCAGCCAAGCUCAAGUUUCCUCGCCCGGCCGGUCUCCCAGCCGGCGCCUCGAUUUAUGGUGCCUAUGGCUGGAAGGAUGUCACAUUUGAUGCUUCCAACCAGAACCCGAACAUCGGCGUCCCGGACAAGAUCGUUUAG